AUGAAGGCGAUUGAUCCACAAACUGGCGAAGUUGUUGCAAUCAAAAAGGUCAGAAUCUUCAACCAGAAUCAGGCCUUACCACAAGCAUUCUAUCGUGAAACUUCUAACCUCCAGACUCUCAAACAUCAAAAUAUUAUUAACCUCAGAGAAAUCUUCCGUUCUACAAGUGGAGAAGAGCCCUACAUGGUCUUUGAUUACUGCGAAUUCGAUCUUGAUGGCCUCAUUCACUCAAGAAAUCCAAAGGGUCUUCCAUUACAGACUGUCAAGUGCUAUUUCAAGCAAAUUCUCAAUGCUGUCAAGGCUUGUCAUGAUCUAAACAUCGUACACAGAGAUCUCAAGCCCGCGAACAUCUUUGUUACACGUGGCAAUGUUGUCAAACUUGGAGAUUUUGGUUUAUCUCGUGAUUUGACAAAAGGUAACUCUCAGCGCACACUUGGCGUUGUCACUCCAGGCUACAGAGCACCAGAAAUCAUCCUUGGAAACACACAAUACGAUUAUUCCUCAGAUGUCUGGUCUCUUGGAGCCAUUUUGUUCGAAAUGCUUACAGGAAUACCAUUAUUCCGUCCACUCACAUCAUCAGAUAUCUCCCAGCUCUCAGCAAUUGUUUUUCUUCUUGGAAAGCCAAAUGAAGAAGAUUUGGCCAAUAACUCCUACUCAAAUGUCAACCUCUUAAGUAUGAUACGCGACUGCAAUCGCUCCUUAGAUGAUAUUCUUCGUGAAUGUCUCGUCGGAGAGGCUGCAGAAGCAAUUCCUUUAAUUCUGGGAAUGUUGAAGUACAAUCCUUCCCAGAGAAUCACUGUCGAUGAAGCUUUGUGCUCUCCUUUUCUCAGUGAUCCUUUCGAAACAGAACCAACAAAUAUUCCAACAAUUUCCUUCGCGGAAAUACAUUCACUCGAUGUUGCUAACGCUAACAUCAUCAACAAACCACCAACAUACUCACCACCAGUCCGUCCACUUCGCGUGGCUCUGGUUCCAAUUGUUGCUUAA